AUGUCAAAAAUGAAUUCAAAAGAUAAAGACAGUAAAACAUUGCACGAUAAAUUAAAACAAUUUUUUCGCAUAAAUAAAGGAAGUUAUAAGAGUCGCGAAGAGUUGACUUUGACUUAUGAUAUCGAAAAAGAAAUUAGUCCUGAUAGUCCAGUGCAUCAUCGUACAAAAGUGAUUAAGGAGCUUCGUGAUGCAGUGCUCAAUCAACAGUGGGAAGAUGGAGCAGCAGAACGUUUGUGGAAUUUAGUUCAAGAUUUACUAGGAAAGGAUGUUCCUCGUGAACAUAGGCAUUUAACAUUGAAUUUUUUAAAAUGUCUUGUACAAGGACAAUAUUCUAAACUAUCAUCAUUGAUGCGUGUAAAAUUUUUUAUGGUAGUGAAGGAAUAUGAUAUUCCUGAAGAUAUUGGUCCUAGAUUGGAAUUAUUACAAACAUUAACAGAACAUGGGAAAGAUAUUUUACAUUUGGAAGAGAAAAUGGGUCCCUUCUUAUUAGAAUGGAUGCCUAUGGUAACAGCAGAUGGAAAAAGAGGAGCUGAAUUUUUGUCUCUUCUUGUAAAUGUUAUCAAAUUUAAUUCUGCUUACAUUGACGAGAAUGUUAUAUCUGGUCUUGUUCAGUAUAUCUCCCAUUUGUGUUAUUACAGCAAUAAUACUGAAGUUGUUUCUGGAUGUUUGGAAGCUCUUGAUGCAAUUAUGUGUUAUAGUAAUUUGCAAUCUGCCUCAUUACAAACCUUUAUUAUAGCUUUAUGUAGAAGUGUAAAUGUUGAGACUUAUUGUCAGACAAGUUGGAAGAUUAUGCGGAAUUUAUUAGGAACACAUAUGGGUCACUGCGCUUUGCAUACAAUGUGUCAUUUGUUACAAGAUACAAACUUUCAACGUGAUGUUCGUCUAUUACGAGGCGCAGUGUUUUAUGUAAAUAUGGGUUUGUGGGGUACGCAUAGAAUACCAAAAUUAGAGUGUACCCCAGCUUCUGUUUUACCUUCAUUCUAUCAAGCUCUACAAUGUAACCAUCCCAUUGUUAUGUAUGAAGUUACCUUAUCGAUACAAAGAUUGGUGAAUAAAUAUGGUAAUGAAUUAUGGGAUCCUACAUGGAGCAUUAUUCUCGGUAUUAUACAGGAAAUUAUUACUCACACUGAAACUAGUAGUCAGCCGGCAACUAAACAGGUUUCUACAAGUUUACAUGAGACUAUUACUAAUAUUGAAAAUUUGCUUGAUGCUAACAGUUACAAUGGUUGUAUUCAACAUUUCUAUGAUCUUGUUGAACGUUGUAGUGAUUCUCGACCUGAAGGGUCUGUAUUGAAAUUAAUUGAAUAUAGAGCUUCUAUGAUAGGCCCUACAUAUCAUCAAUGGCAAACCAAAUUAGGAUCUUUGAUGGAACGUUAUUAUAAAAUUGAAACACGUACAACUAUUAGAAUGAAGGUUCUGGAUGUACUGACUAACGUCAUUUAUGUUAAUAGAUCUAGAUAUGAAGAUGAAUUAAUUGAGCGAAUAGUUGUACCAUAUACACAACAUGUGGAUACAGAUCCAGAUAUAACGAUACGCACUGUCACAGCAAAUUUACUAAUAGAUCUUUGUUUGGAAUGUGAUACCAAGCGAUGCGUCGAACUUUUAGACAUACUGGAAAAGCUAAUCAACAAGCCUUUUACAUCAGACACUACAAUAUCUACGGAUGCCGAUAUUAAAGAUAUAAAAACUGCUGUCAUUGGAAUUAUAAAGAUAUUUAUUUCUAAAAUUUAUCGUUUGCCGUCAAGUCAUACAAUUUGUGCUUAUAAAAUUUUAGUAAAUCAUCUUGAGCAACAUUACAAAGAUCCGUCAGUCUUUUAUAAUGUAUCAACAAUACGUUAUUUGAUCUUCGACUGUUUUUUAAAAAUUCGAGCAAAUUCUUUCUAUCAUCUUGGUAUGUUAGAUGGUACUGUGACACGAUUUAGUCCAUAUCUUGUUUUGGAACAUGGUACAAAUGAGCGUAUGAAUAAUACCGGUGGAAGCAACAGUCCUCCGCCAAUAAGUCCAGUGCCAUUGCAACAUUUAUCUUGUCACAUUACUCCAAUAUCUUUGACUUAUGGGUGUAAAGCUAUUAUUUCAUGUAUCAAACAAGAAAAAGAUUGGAAAGUUUUAUACCUUAUAUUAAAAGAAUUACCUCAAGUGAUGCAGAAUAGAGCACUAGUAUUGUCUCGUCAGAGUAAUGAUAUUGAUUUUUUUGCAGCAGCUUUGUGUUCAAUGGUGAGUGAUAAAAGUUUGCGUCUCCCCGAGUCACUGUAUAAUGUUCCACCUAAAUUUACUCUGUCCGAAUUUCGAGUCUACGUUUUUCCAGUAUUAGCAUCUCUGGCAUCAUAUCAUGGGCACUUGGAACCUUAUUUACAACAAAGUUUAAUAAAAUGUCUAGAGGUUGGUCUCACAGCAAAGUGUGCAAGCCAAUGUGUAACAAGUCUAACAAUCUGCACUUUAGAAAUGCGUGACGCAAUGAAUAAACUGUUAUCUGAAGUGCUAUUGAAUUUAUCUAAAAUUUCUGCAACAGUUUACAUUGCUAUGCCUAUUAUAGAAUUUUUAUCAACUCUAACUAGACUUCCAAAAGUUUUUGCCAGCUUUAUUGGAGAUCAAUAUAUGUCUGUAUUUGCAAUACUGUUGCCAUAUACCAAUCCUUUUAAAUAUAAUCAUUAUACAGUUUCUCUGGCUUACCAUGUAAUUGCUGUAUGGUUUUUAAAAUGCAGACUUCCUUUCCGAAGGGAUUUUGUUAAAUUUAUUACUACGGGUUUGAAAGCAAAUGUAAUAAUUCCUCUUGAAGAAGGACAUUUAAUAAAAUCUGAUUUUAAUGUUAUCAACGAAGAUUCUUCAAAUAGAAAGCGUAGUUCCAGUUUGACUGAACAAGGUAGCAGAGGCAGAAGAGAAAGACCAAUAAUGGCCAAUCGAAUGAUAGGAGAAAGUAGAGCUUUAGAUUUGAAACCUCCAAUGGAUGAAGGCUUAAUGAAUUUUCAUAUUGAGCUUAUUGAAACUUGUGUUGAUUUAAUGGCCCGAUAUACAUUUUCAAAUUAUUCAGCACGACCAAAAAGGUUGCCAGCUGGCGAUUUUCUUCUUAAAGAAGGUCAAUCAAUGACUUGGAUUCUUGGCAACAGACUUAUUACUGUAACGACAAGUGGUUGUAGUAAUAAAGCUAUGCGUGGUGGACUUUGUGACAAUUGUUGGGCAGCAUGCAAACCUGGCUUUCUUCUACUCGAGCAAACAAAAAACUCUCAUUUAAAUUUACAGCGUACUUCAAGUAUUGAGACAUCGAAAGAAGAUAAAUUAUCCAGACAAUCUUCUGGUGGCCAUGGAAGUUCAAAUACAAAUACUGCUACAAACUCUCCUACAGAAGAAUCUAAAAAGUCUACAGAAGAUUCUGAUAAUAUAAAAAAAGAAUUUCUUAUGGAAAAAAGUGACAAGGAUCAAAUUGAAACAUCCAAAUUGGGACAACUAUUAAAUAACGAUAAACAAGUUGGACAUGUAUUUUGUGCUUGUUGGUGUCAAGGGUGGGCUGAAAUAUAUGUUCGUAGACCUACAGGCGAUAUGUCGUGGAUUAUGAGAAUUCAGAAUUCUACACAAUUUGAAACUCCUAUGGAUUUUCCUAUACAUGACAUUAUGGCAUUAUAUAUGUCAAAUCAAGAUGUAAUACCGAAUAAACAACAGGAAAAUGUCUCAGAAUACUCUGAUGAUGAAACAGAGGAUGUGCCAAAUCAAAAUAAUAAUCAAUCACAAAAUGAACAUGGCACGAGAUCAGUAAUUUCUUCUCUAGCAUCAGGUCCAAUUGCUAUACCUGGUUCACCAGUUCGACCUAGUCCAUUUCGGCAAACUUCAAGAGAUAGUUUAGAAAGUUUCGAAGAAGGUGAAGAAGAUACACGGCGUUCUAGAAAUCCAGUACGCCGAUCAAAUUCUAGUCCAGAAAUGAGUGCUAAUUGGAAAAAUCCAUUUUUUAAUAAAGAAAAACUAAAUGUGCAGCUACAAAUUGAUAAAGAUUUUACUUGCUCAGAACUAGAGGUUAAACUGGAGGCAGAUUUGAAAAAGCAUUCAAAAAAUAUUUAUACAAAAGAUAUGAGAGUAAGUUGUGAAGCUAUACCAGAAGAAAUAUUUGGCAUGGGAACAACACCUCCUUCUUCAGAUCAUACCGGAGAUCAUCCAAACGCAUUACGUUCGCAAUAUUCUUAUCCAGGAGCAACACAAGCGACUCAAACUAUUUCAACGACCAACAAUACCGUACCACCAUCUCCUACAACUGUACAAGCACCAGGAAAUUAUUUAGGAAUACAAACGCGUCCUGUACAGAUACAAUCAUCUACCACCAAAGCGCCUCAAUCACCUACUCAAAUAUAUUCUCGAUUAUCUAGUCUCGAUUACAAUCAGAAGCAAGUGACUAUUGAAAGUAAACCGCCUGUUGGACGAACCCAUAUUGCAGAUAAGAAAGAUGAAAGGCCUGAUCCCUCUACAUUACCUCCUUUACCUAUACCUUUCCGCGAUAGAGGUCACACAAUCUCUGUUAUGAGCCCAGUAAAAAAGUCACGAGAAUGGGAUAAUAUACGGCGAGGCACUUCUCCUCGAGUAAAAGAUCCGCCACGAACAGGAAUUAAUCCGAGUUUUGUAUUUCUUCAACUUUAUCAUGCAGCGCACUUUGGCACUACCACAGAAAAGCCUUUAUUGGUUCCACAGACAACAGCCAUACAACGUGCAGUGACAAAUCUAGAUAGAAUACCACCGUACGAAACUCACAAAAUUGGAGUACUAUAUGUCGGUCCUGGACAAGCUUCAAAUGAAAUUGAAAUUUUGGCAAAUCAACAUGGCUCCCUUCGAUACACUGAAUUUUUGAAACGUUUAGGGACUUUAGUCCAAUUAAAAGAUGUUGAUGAAAAUGUAUUUUUAGGUGGAUUAGAUCGCAAUGGCGAGAAUGGAGAGUUUGCUUAUAUUUGGCAAGAUGAUGUUACACAGGUUGCUUUUCAUGUUGCAACAUUAAUGCCUACAAAAGCGAGCGACCCAAAGUGUACAUCUAAAAAAACGCAUAUUGGGAACAAUUAUGUAACACUUGUAUACAACGAAUCUGAGGAACCAUACAAUAUACAAACAGUUAAGGGUCAAUUUAAUUAUGCCUGUGUUGUGAUUCAACCUUUAGAUCAUGGUACAAAUCAAGUUACAGUGCAAGCACGAGAAGAAUUGGCUGAACAUAUUGGUCAUAACGAGCCUAAAAUUAUUUCCGAUCAAAAUUUGGCUAUUCUUUCACGACAACUUGCUCUACAUGCUAAUUGUUUGUUAUUAGAGGGAGAACCUCAAGUAAAAUUACCUACUUGUAUGCCGGCUAUGGGAUACAUAAGUAUCCAUAGCCGGCAGCCCGUGCGCACGACUCAUCGACACCCCAACACUUUUCCGUUGCUCGAUCAUAGGGCGUACAUCCGGUUACAGUGUUUCUGGUGCGGGGUCGUAUCAAUACCAGUGACUGUCCGCGUCCACGGUUACAUGGACUUUAAAAAGCAACGUAAUCAAGUGCAUUGUACCCGCCGGUUGGAGCGUAUAACGAUUGGCUGUAGGAAGAAAACGGCGAGAACAACAAUUAUAAUUAUAACGAUAUAUUUGAUCUUCGUUAUUUAUUCAGUAUAGAGUUCGAAAAACAAGAAAUAGAAGAUUGGGACUACGUAAUGUUUAUGAACACUACUUUAAGUUAUAUCAACGCGAUAUAUGAUAGAGAUAUGAGUAAUAUAUGAUAGAGUAUAUAAUAAUAUUAUAUUUUUUAAGAUUAGUUUACGUAUUUUAUAUCUUUUAUAACGCAUUUAUAUUUUUUAUAUGUAUUUUGUAUUUUUUAACUUUUUAUUGUAUUUAAUAUUAUAUUAUUCUUAAUAUAUUUAUUGUAUAAUUAUUAUACGUUCUCUACCUUUUCCCCAAUCCCAAUCAUAAUUAAAAUAAUUUUAAUGUUUGCUUUAAUAUCCCAUUCUCACCCAUACAACUUGCGUUUCCCUCACUAAUACACACAGCGUCACGCCCGACUACUGACACUCCUUCUCUACACAUGUACACAUGCAAACGCUUUUGUCCACGCACGCACACAUACUCACGAGUACAUACUUUCUCUAGCAAGCGCCUUCUUUCUAGCAUGCAUGGGCACAUAUGUACAAACGCGGGCACAGGCGCAUGAUGUGUACACAUACACACAUGCGCACAUUUCCAUAAAACGCUGCAAUCGCACAGCUAUAAAUAGGGCGUUCAAUUCCGCUAUGUAGUCAGAUUCGGAAAACAUAAGAUUCGUGCGGCAACCUUUGACGAUUUGCGUUACAAAUUACAACGAUAAAUUACAAUCGAUGGAGGUCGGCGGGGAUAGGCGUAAGCAUGGUGCGAUGCUGCCGAAUACUAUACGCGCCAUCAUUUGCGGUCCGUCGAAUUGCGGUAAAACCAACAUUCUGAUAAACUUGUUGGAAUGUCCGCACGGUGUACAUUUCGAGAACGUGUACGUAUACUCGAAAUCGCUACAAUAGCCGAAAUAUAAGUAUCUAGAACAUUUGUUAACAUCGAUGGAUGAAAUCGGUUACAUUACGUUCUCCAAUAACAGUGACGUAUCAUUCCACCGAGCGAGGCGCGUCCAAACUCGAUUUUCGUCUUCGAUGACGUUGCAUGCGAUAAGGAUACCGUGAGAGAAUAUUUUUCAAUGGGUAGACACUCGAACGUCGACUGCUUUUAUCUCUGUCAGUCGUACGCGAGAAUACCCAAACAUCUUAUACGACAACGCGAACCUGCUGAUCCUGUUCAAGCAGAAUGGUACCAACUUGAAACACGUAUACAACGAUCACGUAAACACCGGCAUGUCGUAUUAUGAUUUUAAUGAAUUAUGUCGCGAUUGUUGGCAGCGUGAUUACGGAUUUUUAGUGAUGGACAAAGACAGUGUGCUUGCUAACAGGCGAUACAGAAGAGGAUUUAAUGAGUUUGCAAUAUCGCAAAACAGUUAGUCGUUACUGAUACCUUGUCAGGGUGAAACGUGCGAUCAACACUCUCUGUUAACAUGGUUGAGGACAAAGAUACACGCGAGUGCGAGAAAAUCGCGAAGGAGAUUGAGAAAACGAGUGAAUCGAUCCGCAAGAAACAUUGCGCUCUAAAAACUGGUAGGAUCGAGGAGGAUAUCGUGACUAAGAGACACUUUAAACCGUUGAUCGAACCGCUGCAAAAGAUUAUUGACAAUUCCAGCGUACGUGCAAUAAAAGACCAGCCGAUUGAUAACAUUUCGUUCCCGUAAACGUGAGAAGGAAGAGAGAGAUGAGGCAUAUGCGAGUAAGAAAAACCGUUCAAACGUCUCGUUCGAUUUUUCCGCGACACCGCAAAAAUCUAAUCAUUAACAAAUUUCAAACGACGUACCAAUAACCUCUAUACGCGUCCCACAACCGUACAACCGAUAAAAUCGCUUGAGAAUGUUUUUGAAACGACGGAUGACUCGCUCGCGACGAUUGACAACAUAUACGGUGUUCAUCUCUAGAAGAAUGGAAUGAUGCUCGGUAAUAAGCGUUUCGAUGUGGACAACGAGGAUAACAUUAUAAUCGACAAUGUACGUUACGCUGGUACACUUGGUUAGGGGCCAGUCGAGGCGCUUCUGCAAAUCGUUAGCAACAAAAACAAUAUUGCCUGAGAGUGGAAUUGCAGAGUGCUUGCGUUUAUUGCGAUGAGACAACUGCCCCAAAUACUGGAUGCGGAAUCGCUUCCUUAAUUCUUUUUUUAGUCUCUGGCGGUAGCGUAAAUUUUUUUAUAGAUAGGAUCUUCCAAUUUGAUCCAAGUCCGGAACCCGCUCUUCUUGUAUAUCUCGUAGAAACAUCGCAGGUGUAAUCGCGAUUGUUUCGCCGUUUUCCUCGGACAGAUAAGUGAGUGGUCUUGAGUUUAUUACAGCCUCGCAAUCACAUAGGACUGUAUUCAUCUCCUCAUAAUUGAGUGAAGUUUUUCUUAAUGUCCUCUUUAACAAAUCCUUUACGAGAUGUAUGAGACGCUCCCACCAUCCUCCCCACCAGGCAGCUGAAGGUGGAUUAAAAUGCCAUUGUAUUUCAUUAAUGGCGCCGUAUUGAGAGAUCUUUUUCCAGUUAAUUUUUUUUAAUAAAUUUGAUGCUCCCACGAAGUUUCUUUCGUUGUCGCUGUAAAUAAUAAAAGGUCUUUCUCGUCGUGCUAUGAAUCUUCUAAGAGCUUCUAAGAAUCCUUCUGUAGACAAUGUAGUAACGAGCUCUAAAUGGAUAACUCGAUAAACCACACAUGUAAAGAGGCAAAUAUAAGCUUUGCAUUCUGUUAAAAAAAAGAGGUCCUGCGAAGUCAAUACCUAUUAUUUCGAACGUAGUGGCAUCUCUGACUUUAUUUUCUGGCAAAGAUAUUGAUGGGGGCUUCAUUCCUUUUGCUGAGUAUGCCUGCGGCAUACACUUAUUGAUCACCGAACGUUCCAUUUUGUGACAUUGAAGAAUCCAAAAUUUCUCGCGCAGGUUGUUCAUGAUAAUGUUUAUACCAGCAUGAUUUAACUUCACAUGUGUGUGCUGGAUGAUUUUCUCUGUUAAUAAAUGCUUUAAGUCGAGAAUUAUCGAGAGGAUACCUAAAGUUGAAGUCGUCUGGACGAUUAGGAAUGAUCGUUUUCGUACGUAGAAAUCUUUUAUCUUCAAAGAUAUUUAAUUUUUGUAAUCGUGGGUCCUUAGAUCCGCUGAAAGAUUCUUCUUGUGCUAGUCGACUUAGAAGUAGCUCCGCAGAAAUUAUCUCUUUGGCAGUAAUUUCUUCACUUUUGACCACGUGGAUAUUUUUGCAAUUGAUGAUGAAUCUUAGUAUCCAUGCAAUUAAACGUAAUAUCUUAGAGUACGACGAGAAUCUUUGCAAGUACCAUGGAAUAUUUUUCUCUGUAGAAUUUGUAGUAAAAUGACUCAUUACCACGUUGCUUUUUGCAUCGAAAGACGUCUCCUUGAAUUACCUUGGAGUUUUGCGAAAUUCUUCGAUGACUAAUUUCUCGUCGGCUUCUUCCUUUUUUGUAGGCCAUUUCUCUGGAGGUAAUUUUAACCAUGUAGGUUCCUCCCACUAUUUUGAUUCUAAAAGUUUCUUUGCAUCAUAGCACCGGGAGGGCAAAUCUGCUGGGUUAAGUGCUCCCGGCACAUAUCUCCAGGAUCUGUAAGCUUCCUUAUCUGUUGAACUCGAUUCCAUACAAACACCGCCCAUUGUCUUUUUCUACGUAUCCAGGAUAAGACGGUAGUGGAAUCGCUCCAGAAAUACCUCUUGAUAUGCUUGUAAUUUGUUGCUUUGUCAAAAGAAUGCAUCAUUUUUGCUCCAAUCGAAGCAGCGAGUAGCUCUAGACGUGGCAUCGUUUUCUUUUCUCGUGGCGUUACUACUUUGCUUCGACUAGAUGCACUUUCACAUCAAAACUUGAUUCUACUUGGACAAAUAAAACUGUGUCGUAAACCUGUAAACUUGCAUCAACAAAAA